CAUUGUGUCCAUCGGUGAAUCGGAUCAUCACGCAGAAGCAGCAUGGCUCGCACCAAGCAGACAGCCCGUAAGUCCACCGGAGGAAAAGCUCCCCGGAAGCAGUUGGCGACCAAAGCUGCGAGGAAAAGCGCUCCAGCGACUGGUGGUGUGAAGAAGCCACAUCGCUACCGCCCGGGCACCGUAGCUCUUAGGGAAAUCCGCCGUUACCAGAAGUCUACGGAGUUGCUUAUCAGAAAGCUGCCUUUCCAGCGGCUGGUCCGUGAGAUUGCUCAAGACUUCAAAACCGAUCUACGUUUCCAGAGUUCUGCUGUUAUGGCUCUCCAGGAAGCCAGCGAGGCUUACCUCGUGGGGCUUUUCGAAGACACUAAUUUGUGCGCUAUUCACGCUAAGCGGGUUACUAUUAUGCCAAAAGACAUUCAGCUGGCUCGCAGGAUCAGAGGAGAACGUGCUUAAGUAAACGCGGUGUGGGCGAGCGCUUUUUCCCCCUCACCUUCCCACAAA